CUCUUUUUCCGGUAUCUGACGUGUGUGUUGAGAGCGGUGGUCGGGAGCGGUGACGUGUCUCGGGAAGAGUCUUCAGAGCUGAGAGCGGCGGUGGUCAGUCAGUCCGAGAAGAGAGCGCGGCGCCUGCACACCGCUCCGAGCCGCCAACAUGGGCAUCAAAUUUCUUGAAGUAAUUAAACCCUUCUGUGCAAUUUUGCCAGAAAUCCAAAAGCCAGAACGAAAGAUCCAAUUUAAAGAAAAGGUAUUAUGGACAGCCAUCACACUCUUCAUCUUCUUAGUAUGCUGUCAGAUUCCCCUCUUUGGUAUUAUGUCUUCAGACUCUGCAGAUCCAUUUUACUGGAUGAGAGUUAUCCUGGCUUCUAACAGAGGUACUUUGAUGGAGCUCGGUAUUUCUCCAAUUGUCACCUCUGGUCUCAUCAUGCAGCUUCUGGCCGGUGCCAAGAUCAUUGAAGUGGGAGACACACCAAAGGACAGAGCGUUGUUCAAUGGGGCACAGAAAUUGUUCGGUAUGAUCAUCACAAUUGGUCAAGCCAUCGUCUAUGUCAUGACAGGAAUGUACGGAGAUCCUUCAGAGAUGGGUGCUGGCAUCUGUCUUCUCAUCACUAUACAGCUCUUUGUUGCCGGUCUCAUUGUUCUGCUCCUGGAUGAGCUGCUACAGAAGGGUUAUGGUUUAGGCUCUGGAAUCUCCCUCUUUAUUGCUACCAACAUCUGUGAGACCAUCGUAUGGAAGGCCUUCAGCCCGACUACAGUAAACACUGGCAGAGGCACAGAGUUUGAGGGAGCCAUCAUCGCUCUUUUCCACCUGCUCGCCACUCGUACCGAUAAAGUCCGCGCUCUCCGGGAGGCUUUCUACCGCCAGAACCUGCCCAACCUCAUGAACCUCAUUGCCACCAUCUUUGUCUUCGCUGUGGUUAUAUACUUCCAGGGCUUCAGAGUGGACCUGCCCAUUAAAUCUGCCCGCUACCGUGGUCAGUACAAUACUUACCCCAUUAAGCUCUUCUACACCUCCAACAUCCCCAUCAUCCUGCAGUCGGCUCUGGUUUCCAAUCUGUACGUCAUCUCUCAGAUGCUGUCUGCCCGAUUCAGCGGGAACCUACUUGUCAACCUCCUGGGCACGUGGUCUGAUACCUCUACUGGUGGUCCGGCUAGGGCGUACCCUGUAGGCGGCCUCUGUUACUUCCUCUCGCCGCCGGAGUCGUUUGGUUCGGUACUAGAUGAUCCUGUCCAUGCGGUCAUUUAUAUAGUCUUCAUGUUGGGCUCCUGCGCCUUCUUCUCCAAGACAUGGAUUGAAGUGUCUGGUUCCUCUGCUAAAGAUGUUGCAAAGCAGCUUAAAGAGCAGCAGAUGGUGAUGAGAGGACACAGGGAGACCUCCAUGGUGCAUGAACUCAACAGGUACAUCCCGACAGCUGCUGCGUUCGGUGGUCUCUGUAUCGGCGCCCUCUCUGUCUUGGCAGACUUCUUGGGUGCCAUCGGCUCGGGUACGGGAAUAUUGCUGGCCGUCACCAUCAUCUACCAAUACUUUGAGAUCUUCGUCAAAGAGCAGAGCGAAGUGGGAAGCAUGGGCGCUCUGCUCUUCUAAAACAAAAGAUCAUCCCUCCACAUGGCCAGUCCUCGGAGCAGGAUGUGCGCCGAUCACGUGACUUGGAACAACUGUUUAAAAGAUCAUAGUCCAAGGACUUCAGAGAUGGUCAGGCGUGUCACCCGGUUGGUGUCCAUUCACCAAAUGCCCCCCCUUUUUUUUCUUUUUUUCUUUUUUUCCAUCAGUUUUGGGCCAUUUUUUAGAAUUGUGGACUGUGCAAGGACUUAAUUAUUAUUUUUUUUUUUUUUUUGUUUCAUUUCAGAAAAAUAUUUUAAUUUUGCCUAAUUAUGAGCAUGAGUUCAAAAAGGGCACCUAUAAAAGUCUUCUAGAAGACUUGACUCAUCCCGCCGGUUAUCGCUUCUGUACAGAGUUGAAGCAGAGCUGUUGGUAUUAUCAUUUUUUUUCAAUAAAACUAUUGAAAACCA